AUGGCCAGUCAAGAAGGAAGAGAUGUUGAUCUAGAAGACACUGAAAAUUCCAAGAUCUUCUAUGCAGUAGCCGAUGUUUUUCAAAAGGCACAGUCUAGUUAUGCUGGUCAUCGAAAACAUGUUGCAGUGUUGAAGAAGAUUCAAAGCAAAGCCGUUGCUCAAGGAUAUGAAGAUGCGUUUAAUUUCUGGUUUAAUAAGUUAGUGACUAAGAUUUUACCUCUGAAGAAAAACGAAGUUGCUGGUGAUCGAAUCGUUAGGAUAGUCGCUGCCUUUAUUGCUUCUUUGGAUAGAGAUAUCGAAGAAGCCACUAAGGAGAACUCAGAAACCGUGAUUCACCAACAACAGGUAUUUGCAAAAUUUGUUGACUUAUUCAUGAGACAUAUCUUAAGAGGUGUCGAGAGUAAAGAAAGAAAUGUUCGAUACCGUGUGCUGCAGUUGCUAGCGGUAAUUAUGGAUAAUAUUGGUGAAAUUGACGAAGAAUUGUAUAACCUUCUUAUGUGGUCUUUAAAUAAAAGAAUUUAUGAUAAGGAACCUAACGUAAGAAUGCAGGCGGUAUUCUGUUUAACAAAAUUUCAAGAAGAAGAUAUCCCAUCGGUAGAGACAGAACAUCCUGUUAUUGAUGAUGCUACACACAAAUUAAUGACAAUAAUACAAAAUGAUUCUUCCGCAGAGGUCCGCCGUGCUGCUCUUUUAAAUCUAGUUAAUAAUCCUUUGACCAGAUCACAUAUUCUAGAGAGAGCAAGAGACACAAAUCAAGUUAAUAGAAGAUUGGUUUACACCAGGAUACUAAAAUCAAUGGGUAAAGAAGUAUUCGAAAAAAUUGAUUCAAGGAUUUUGGAUCAAUUAAUUAAAUGGGGAUUAGAAGAUAGAGAAGAAUCCGUAAGAAAAGCUUGUUUGAGAUUGAUAUCUUAUGACUGGUUGAAUAUGUUAAAUGGCGAUUUGAUAGAGUUGAUAGAAAAACUCAAUGUUGCCAAAUCAACUAUUGCAGACAAAGCAAUGGAAUCGUUAUUUAAUACUAGAACGGACAUCAUUUCUAAGAUUAAGUUUACUCCAGAAAUGUGGAAAGAGUUAACCGUUGAAAUUGCAUUCUUACUGCGAUGUUUUUACAAACAUUGCAUCUCUAAUAACUUGACAGAAGUAUUGGAGGAGAACUUCCCAGAAGCAUCAAAAUUAUCAUCAAUAUUGAAUUAUUAUAUUAAAAAAAGAUUUCAUGCAGAAAAUUUGUCAAAUUUGGAAAAAAGUCAUCUUGACUUCAUUGUUGAACAAAUUUUAAUCAUAUCCAAAGGUUAUGAUUUUAGUGAUGAAAUCGGUAGACGUUCAAUGUUGACUAUCAUAAGAAAUAUGCUGGGAAUCACCUCAUUGACUGAGCCAUCCAUCAAAAGUGGUCUUGAUGUUCUUAAGAUACUAUCCAUUAAUGAAAGAGACUUCGUUUCAAUGUCAAUUGAAAUUAUAAAUGAUAUUAGAGAUGAUGAUUUAGAAAAGCAAGAACAGGAACAAAUAUCAAAGAAGAAAGCAGAACGAAGUUUAGAUGAUAAUAAUGAAGAUGAUGACGACGAUGAAGAAGAUGAUAUAAUAGAACAGUUUAGAUCUUCGGUAGAUAACUUUAUUGAGGGCAAAACAUCAACUACAGAUGAUACUAGCACAAGGGCAUUGUCCAAUGAACGCGAUUUGUUACCGGAAACUAUGAUAAAUUGUUUAACAAGAUCCUCUCUUCUGUUGGAAUUAGUAGUCAAGCCUUUAGAUCAAAAUGUAUUGAUAACUUCAUUAAUAGAUACAUUAAUUACACCAGCGGUAAGAAACACUGAUCCAAAGAUUAGAGAAUUAGGUGUUCGUAACUUAGGAUUAUGUUGCUUAUUAGAUGUUCAAUUAGCCACUGAAAAUCUAUACAUUUUGGGUAUGUGUGUUUCAAAAGGUAAUGCUUCAUUGAAAAGUAUAGCAUUAAAAUCUAUAAUUGAUAUUUUUUCAAUACAUGGUAAUGUCGUUGUCGAUGGUGAGGGAAAGGUGGAUUCUAUUUCUUUGCAUAAAAUCUUUUAUAAGGUUUUGAAAAACAAUACUCUUCCAGAGUGUCAAGUCAUUGCUGCAGAAGGUUUGUGCAAAUUAUAUUUGGCAGAUAUUUUUAAUGAUGAUGAUUUAUUCGAAACUUUAAUAUUAUCUUACUUUUCGCCAUCUAACUCAUCCAAUGAAGGUUUAAUUCAAGCUUUUGCAUUUUGCAUUCCUGUUUACUCAUACUCUCACGUCUUACAUCAGCAGAGGAUUACCAAAAUUGCAUCUGAUGUUCUAUUAAGAUUGUAUAUGCUUUGGGUAGAUUUUCAAGCUAAUGAGGAAACAGAUGAAAAUAUUGAAACCAUGUUGAAGCCGAAUGUCAUCUUGCAACAAUUGAUCUCAUGGACAGACCCAAGAAAAUUGAUCGGUGAAAAUGAGAAAGCAAUUAACGAUAAUUAUCAAUUAAAUUUCCUGUUAGACAUAUUUCAGCAAUUUCCAAAAUUUGACAAGAAAAAUAUCAAGAAGAUGAUUCUAACUAAUAUCAAUGCAUUCUAUGUUUCAUCUGAUAAUGAUAUGCAUAAAUUAAGGGAAAUAAAAGAACAUUUAGAAGAUAUAAUAGAAAAUGAAAUAAUUGAUACGAUGACGUUGAACUCAUUGGAAAAAUUCAAGAAUACCAUAAUAGAUUGUUUGGAAGAAGCUAAAGAAAAAUCAGAAAAUCAAACGAAGGAUGAAAUUGAAUCAAGUGAUGGAGAGUAUUCAAUGAUCUUAGAAAGUUCCAAUAUUGGAAAUAUUUCAGAUGUGGAAAAAGAUGUGAACGUAGAAGCCGCUCAAUUUUCUGAUUCAGAGAAUGAUUUUGAAGAUUCUGAUGAUGAUACUUCUAGAAAGAGAAACAGAAGCAAAUUGGAAGAAAGUAUCGCUAAUAAUACUUCAGAAAAAUUAAGUGUAAAUGAGGAUUACGAUAGCGAAGAUACAAAUGAACCUAAAAAUGACGCCAAAGAUAUAAAUGAACCCGAAGAUGGAACCAAAGAUGUUAUAAUGGAGGAUUCUGUAUCUAGCAACGUGAUAGAAAACUCUAAGAAUGUAAGUUUUAUUCUACCAGAUAAUGAUUACAGCAGCAGUGAGAGCAGCAUGUCAGUUGACGAUGAAUCGUAUAAAGAAGAGUGA